CGUUGCUGAAAUUGAUGAUUUUCCAACAAGUGAAAUGGAAAAAGACUCCAAGUCACAUAGUUUGUAUGAACGUAAUCCAAAGACAGAAACAGACAAUGUCCAAGAAAACAUCGACACUGAGGACCUCUCUCAUUCUGGUCUUCCUCCUGAUAAAUCAUAUCAUACGUUUAUCGCUUACUCCUCCGAUGAUAGGCAUCAAGCCGUCAAAAUUUGUAAGGAACUUGAAAGCAGAUUUUUUUUGAAAUGCGUGUUUUCUGACCGUGAUUUUAUUCCCGGUACACCCACUAUUGAUAAUAUCCGAAAUUUCAUGGAAAGAAGUGAUACGGUACUAUUUAUCUUAAGUCCAAACUUCCUGAGAAGCUCUUGGUGUAUCACGGAGGUUCAAAUAGCUCUUGAAAUGUCAUUGAGAAUAUUACCUUUGAUAUUAUAUAGCUUAAACACUAAUGAUUUGCCACCAGCUUUGAAGCCCUACACAUGCAUUGAUGCUCGGGGAAAGCACGACAUAACAGCAGAAAUCCACGAAGCAUUAUAUCAUAUGGGAGUGGUAGAUGCUAAUAAUGAGGCUGAAUUAGGUGAGUAG